AUGAUAUCCUUGAUGCUAACCACCUUUGCUGGGUUCUUUGUGCCUCUAUCAAUUGCGAGAACGACGGAAUCCUCGCCGUCAUGUUGUUCAAUGCUCUCUGAAGCCUUUCCAGAUGCUGUCUAUACCAAGUAUACCCAGUUGUGGAGCUCUGAAAAAGAUAAUUUCUGGUCCGCAACCGCCGUUCUUGACCCCGCAUGUAUAUUUGCGCCUGAAUCCACCAAACAAGUUUCUCAGGCCAUCAAACUCUUCUCUCAAAACGAAUGCAAGUUCUCGAUCAAGGGCGGUGGUCACUCAAGCAUUCCGGGUGCUGCGAGUAUUGACGAUGGUGUUAUGAUGUUUGCGGAUGGAAAAGUGGUGAAUGCAAAUCGAAAAGAGAACAAGGACCUCUUCUGGGCCCUCAAAGGGGGUAACAACAACUUUGGCGUGGUCACCCAUUUCGACUUUAAUACGGUACCGACGUCGGGAUCUGUGUAUGGAGGGCUCGUCCGUUAUCCUGAGUCAUCCCUUGACAAGGUGGACGAUCUUGUGUAUGACUACCAUACACGCCAGGCCGUGGAUGGCACCCUUACCCAUGCAAUGCCACAGUGGGUAUAUAAUGGCACCAGCAACGACACUUACAAUCUUACUCCGGUCGUCUAUAAUGACAACGUAGAGGAACUGCCAUCGAUUCUCAAAAUGUGGCUUGAUAUCCCCCACGUCUCUACUACCUUGGAACGACGAACGUAUGAGAACUUGUCCAUACAUUUGAACGAAGGUUUCGGGCCUGGACUAAUACAGGAGCAGCGGGUAUUCACCGUUUAUGCAGACAGAAAGUUCUACAAGGACGUUCUCUUCCAAUUCCGGCAAUGGCUGCAGAACUAUCAAGACGUUCCCGGCUUCCUCGGGGCACAUCUCAACAUGCCCAUCACACCCCGGCAGGUUGAACAAGGCCUGUUAAAGGGAGGAAAUGCACUUGGUUUGGAAGGUGCUGGGAAUAACACGUUGGGGAUCCUCUUUUUCGGAGUAACGUUCAAAGACCCGCAGUAUAAAGAGCGAGUCCUACCAGAACACGAUGAAUUUGUUCGGUCGAUGAUUGAACUGGCUAAAGAGAGAGGAGUCCUAUACCCAUAUAUAAUGCUCACAUACUGCGGCUACAACCAAGCUGCUAUAGCAAGCUACGGGCCGGAGAACGUGGAUAAACUCUGGCGAGUCCAGCGAGAGUAUGACCCAAAAGAUGUGUUUCAGCGUCUUGUGCCUGGGGGCCAAAAGCUGCCUCCCCAGAGCAAAUGA